AUGGUUGAGACCCUAAGUACAAAACCUUCAUCAGAAGAAGAGGAGUUUACCUCUCUGACCCCUCCUGCUGGUCCUGUGAGGUCAUCUGAUACCACAUGCCAAGUCAGUGGUAAUUACCUACCCAGCAUCAGUCAACCUCAGCUUGAUCAGCAUGAGCAAACCAAUAUUCCAGGGAACCACAUUAUUGAUCCAUGCAACCAUCAGCUAUUUACAACCGCCAAAAGAACAGUACCAAGUAGGUGUGGCUUAGAGUCACGUCAACUUACAACUCCUUUAGCCAACAUAUACAGCAGGCAUAUGGCAACCAUUGGCUGGCCACAACCCAGUGAGUUUUAUGCAAAGAGAGUUCCAAAUGUUAAAGCUUCAAAAGAACCUCCUCUUUCACCUUUACCUGUUCAAAACACAGAGACAAUCAGUAAUGGCACCAAUGAGAGGAGAACAAUGAGAUUUUAUCCAAACACAUUUGGUAAUGGUGGAGGCCAAAACAAAAGAACAGCCUCCAUAGAACCAUCAGCAAUUUGCUUGCCAGCAGUUGAUAACAUUUAUUACCAGCCAAUGCAACCCCCAAAAUGUUUGAAACCAUCUAAUACGCAAUGGACUUUAUUUAACAACACUCCAACUUACACAAGCCUUUUACACAGGGGCUAUUCUCACACACGUCUGUGGUGA